AUCUCCCACUCCGCACAAUCCCCACCCUCUCCCCCACCUACCCGUGCACAAUCCCCAUCGUCUCAUACUCUCUCUCUCUCUCUCUCUCUCUCGCUCGCUCUAUACUUCGCCCUUUGUGUUCUUCGCUCGAUCGCGCGAUCGCCGAAUCCCCGAUCGCCCCCCAAAACCCUAAUCGGAGACGAACAACUCCUCGGAAUAGUGUUAUCCGCGACGAGAAUAGCGCGCUCGAAGGAGAAACUUGAUGCUCUGUCUUCUAGCUUCUUCGUUGCACUAAUCUCAGGAAGGUUCGACAUAAGAUGCCGUGUGGCCAUGGAAGGAUCAGUGGCAAUGUUGACAAGGCUGCAGAUAGGAGAAGUCGCUUUAUGUUCAAUAGAUCACCAGCUCAGAAUAGUAACCAAUAUUGUUCAAAGGAAUGUGUAGCUGAGUUCGACUCUAGGAGCUCUGAACAGAGGUGCGUUAUUUUCACUUUCUUUGCCAUUGAUCGUGACACAUGCUGGAAACUCGCUCCUUUUUUGCCACCGUUGCAAGGUACAAAUGGAAGAAACCAUCUGACUUCUGGAACUCCGUAUGAUAUGGAUAGUCUCGAGUCAUUAUCUCCGCAACCAACUAUUAUUUUUCAAGUUGAUCUCCCAAAUGAGCAGAAAAUCAACAUGGUCCAGAAUUCAAAUCAUGUAAAAUCUCCACUCUCUGACUGCAAUUCUUUUAGGGGAGGCAUCUCAAGGCAAUCUCACUUGAGGAAAAAAUGGGAAAAAAAUGUGAAAAAUUCCACAAGCAUGAGUGCUUCUAGCUUCUUGGCAUCAGAUAAUUCUUCCAGUUCAAUUUGUGACAACUUUAACGUCGUUGGUCCUGAUUAUGUAGUUAACAGUGUCCUUAAGGGAGAGAAAACUUCGAAAAGGAGUCCGAGAAAGAAAGGAAAAAAGAAAGGGAAACAGUACAGAAAAGGUGCUCAGAGAAAAGCUUCUUCCACUGGAUUAGAAACUCAAUGUGAAGAGAUAACUGAUGGUGUUUCUGCUUUUGACAAGGCAUCAUCUCCUAGCUCUUCAUUAAAAGACGUUUCUGCUGAAAAGGUUGAUAGUGAAAACAAUAAUGAAUUUGUCGAUUGCUCGACUACUUUAGUAUCCUGCACAUCCUACAGUGACGAGAUGGAUGAGUCUGAACCAACAACCUCAUCUCUGGGCUUUUCUGGUGAACGAUUUAAAUGUAACUCAUUAAGUACAUCAGAAACUCCUGAAAUAAUUCUAUCCACAUUCAAUGAGAAUUAUAUGGAUAGCCAUAUGAAACGGAAAGAUAGUCAUAACAAUUCAUCCAGCAUUUCCUUAGACAGCUGUAAUGCUACAGCAACAGAUCCAUUUCUGGAUGGUUGGAACAGUGAUGUCAGUGGAAACUGUAGCGAUGAUACUGAGACCCAGUUAAUAGCCAAGAAGAAUGAAUGUGAGCAUAAUUCUUUAGAUUCUGGGUUGGUUACAGAAUCAAACAAUGUUGAACAUUCUUGUCAUACCACAACUGUAAAUCUCUCCAGAAUUAGCUCUAACGAGUUGGAUAACUGUUCUGUUCCUGACAUGUGCGAAGUUACUGAAAGAACUCAGUGCAGUAGCGAAGCGUGUAGCAGCAAUGGCUUUCAUCCUGUUAUUUCUGGAAAAAGAGGUAGACGGAGUAAGAAAAUGGCAAGUAGUGUGAGUUCAAAUGGGACGAAUCAUUUUAGCAGUUCAAGUAUCCAUGGUCGUACAGGAAAAGAUAGUGGUCAUUCCGUCUGGCAAAAGGUUCAGAAACUAGACAAUGAAUGCAGUAGUAAACCAAGGACUGCAAAUAUUACAUCCCAGAGUGCGAUUGCGCUAAAAGAAUCCAAAACAAGAACGAGAUCUGAUUCAUCAGUAAGGCUGAAACAAAACCAUAGCGGAAAGGCAACACAUUCAUGCAGAGUAGCUAAUGAAGCAGUCAAUUCGAGUGAAAUUCAAUUGAAAUCUGUAGACAGAGACCAAAUUAAUAAUGCUAAAUCAAAACUGAGUGCAGCUUCCAAACAGGCCGCACAACAAUCCAGAAAGGGGUCUUCUACUGAUAAGAGCAGCACAGCUAGGGCUUCCAAAAAUCAUCACAAAGAAGCAUUGGUUUCCAUGCCUCCAAUGAAUAAUGUGAAGCACAUAAGCUCUCAAUUAACAUUACCUAGUGUUACUGGUUCUCAACAACGUUUGGCCAAGCCAUGUGACAAUGUUGACCUUGAUCAAUUUGAGGCAAAGCAUGUGGUAAAGAAUGGUAAGGAGAUGACCACACUUGGUAAUAUAUGCCAGAAUUCUAAUGUUCAUAUGCACAUUGAAACAAAGUCUUUGUAUGGCAACUCUGAAGAUAUCAAGUGCAGGUUUAGCGAUCUUUUUCUUACAGAUAUUGACCGCAGCCAAUGCAUGAAGUCAGAAACUGAAAGUUCUCCAGAAACCUGUAAGUCAGAGUAUAGUGUGAAUUCUAUAUUGCAGAAGUGGGUUCCCAUAGGGAAGAAAGAUUCAAUAGUUUCUGAUAGGGGUAUAGAUAGUAAGGCUUCUACUGUGGAUCACUUAGUUCAUAACAAUAAUCCUACUUCAGACAAUGCUCAGACAGUGGUUUCACAAUCAUGCACUAAUUUUCUUUCCUCUAAAGAUACAGAUUUGUCAUCACCUGAUGACAAGAAAUCAAAUAAUGAAGUGAUGAGUCAAACUCAUUUAGCUGAAGCUUUUGAUGGUACGCAUAAUCAAAACGGCUUUCUUAGAUCAGAGACUGAAUUAGACAAGAUAAUACAUGCUGUUAAUGAUGCCUACAAAAUGCAGAUUGAUGUAGAAGGUAUUCAGCGGGUCACUGGCACUCCUAUUGCUGACUUUGAGAAAUUUAUUUAUUCUGCUUCUCCGGUUGUUGGUCAUGCUUCUUGCGUUAAAAGCUGCAGCACUUGCAUACAAGAACAGCUACUUGGCAACUCAUUGUGUCGGCAUCAGAUCCCUGAUGUCUCCUUGAGGAGCAUUUGGCAGUGGUAUGAAGAGCCUGGGUGCUAUGGUUUGGAAGUAAAGGCGUGCGAUUAUCGUAAUCUGAAAAGGCUUCGGAACAGUCAUUCCGAGUUCAGUGCAUAUUUUGUACCUUAUCUGUCAGCUGUUCAAUUAUUUGGGCAAUCCAAAACUUCAUCUUGUUUAGCUUCUCUCCCAAUUUUCUCAAAGCUGUUCCCACAAUCUUCCAUGGGGAAAGAUGCAUGCUUAUUUAAAUCUUCGUCUUUAAAAGGUGAUCAGUUGGUCAGUAGUGGGGACGGAGAGCUCAUUUUUGAAUAUUUUGAAUCUGAACAGCCUCCUUGGCGACGCCCAUUGUUUGAGAAGAUAAAAGAGCUGGUUAGCGGCGUGAGACCUUCUAAAAGCCAAAUAUUUGGAGACCCUGAGAAGCUGGAAAACCUAAACCUCAAUGCUCUUCACCCUGCUUCCUGGUUUUCUGUUGCAUGGUAUCCUGUUUAUCGUAUACCAGACGGCAAUUUUCAUGCUGCAUUUCUAACCUAUCACUCUUUUGGAUCUUUGGUUCAACAAAGUGGGUCAGAAAAUAUGGUCAAUGGGCUUAAACACUUAGUUUCUCCAGUUGUGGGCCUACAGACAUACAAUGACAGGGGGGAGUGGUGGUUUCAACCCAGGGACUCAAAUUUUAAGACCGUUUUACCGGACGAUGCUCCGUAUUCCAACCUCUCGGAAGUUAUAAAAGAGAGACUAAAAACACUGAAGCAAACGGCAUCGGUGAUGGCUAGGGCUGUUAUUUAUAAAGGCAAUGAGAGGUCCGCAAACCAACAUCCAGAUUACGAGUUCUUUCUAUCCCGGUCUCGCUAGAGGGUUUUACUAUCUAAAUUUUGAUGGCUUUUGCUUGUUAUAUCUCCUAGGGUAGCAAAUGCUAUAGAUAGUAGGGACUAACCCAAGGCUUUAACCUCUCCCUCUCUCUCUCCUCUCCCCCCUCCCCCCACCCCCCUGAGGCAACAAAUCUAACUUCAAAUGGUGGUGCAAGUUCUUGGCUCGUUUCUGCCUCAUCUUUGUAAAUUAAUUGUACAUGGAUUGUCGCCGCAUCCUUCUGUCAUUCUGUAACUAAUCUUCAGGCUCGUUCAAGUAGCGUAGAGAACAACAAACCAUCAGUAAUAAGUUAGAGGAGAAAUAUUCCCUUUUGAGUGCAUAUUAUUGCAGAUCAUGUUAUCUUUUAUCAUGCCUGUAAGCACACUGCUUAGUAUUCCAUCAGUAAUUUAUAAGAUGUUUUUCCAGUA